CUCUUCCUGUCUGAGUUUCCUGGUUGAUGCUUCAGAGAAAAGUGAACCGUCACACAGACGAUCAUCCUAACAGAAGAAUCAGACUUUGGUGUCUGUCCAACUGCUGUUGGUCUGAUGUCCUGCAGCUGCAGAAUGGAGGGAACAUCUGUCCAGAUGCUGCUGGCUCUGAGCUCCCUGCUGUGCUGCACAACCAACCAAAUUGGUCUGACUGUGAGUCCCAGCAGAUCUCAGUUCUUUAGAGGAGAAUCAGUGACUCUGAAGUGUGAGGACCACAGCUCUGCAGGAUGGACUCUGAGGAGAAACACCAGCAGAGGAACCAGGACUCAGUGUGGAUCUGGACAAAGACUACCCGCUGACUCUUCCUAUGAGAUCAAUUAUCUUCUUCCAUCAGACAGUGGUGUGUACUGGUGUGAGUCCAGAGGGGGAGGAGCCUCCAGCAUCAGCGUGAACAUCAGUGUCUCUGGUGGAUCAGUGAUCCUGCAGAGUCCUGUCCUCCCUGUGAUGGAGGGUCAUGACCUCACUCUGAGCUGUCAAUCACAGACCCCUCCCUCCAAGCCCUCAGCUGCUUUCUAUAAAGAUGGCUCCCUCAUCAGGACUGAGCCUACAGGUCACAUGACCCUCCAGCAUGUUUCCAGGUCUGAUGAAGGUCUCUACAAGUGUCACAUCAGCGCUCAUGGAGAGUCUCCAUCCAGCUGGAUCUCUGUCUCAGAGAAACCCACGACCACAGAAGCC